AUGCUACGCUUAGCCCGUCAGUUAAGGCAAUAUGUGUUUCGGCGACGGCCAUCCCCAGCUCGACCCCCCCCUCCAUUGGGUGCUCUACUCGACUCAGGCGAUAAGUUAGAAGAGGAAACCUUGCGAUGGUACUCGCUAGAUCUCUUUUACCCAGUGAAAAUCGGGGAUGUCUUUAAGUCACGAUACCAGGUGAUUGGAAAGUUGGGCCACGGGGGCUACUCAACUAGGAUCUUGAGUAAACCAACAUUUGAACUGAAUGGCUAUAGGCAGCAUGCUUACGUCGCAUUGAAAAUAUUUGAGCGUGAUUCCGGUCAUGGCAAAAGAGAAAAAGAGAUAUACAACCAUCUUACAACGCUCAAUUCAACCCACACAGGAUCCUUUCUCGUCCGGAACGCACUAGAUGACUUUCAACUCAAAUCUACUGAUAACUCUUGCUCUUAUCAGUGUCUUGUACAUGCGCCUUUGGCCAUGAGUCUAUUCGAACUGCGUAAUCGAGCGGUAGCGAAAGUUCUACCGGAGAAUUUACUGAAACCAACCUUGAUUCAUAUUCUUCUUGCUCUCGACUUCCUUCAUACAGAAGCUAGAAUCAUUCAUACCGAUAUACAGGAAAAAAAUAUCAUGCUGAGUAUAGAAGACCAGUCAAUUCUGCUUGAUUGCGAGGAGGCCGAGAAUUACAAUCCCAGCCCCUACAAAUUAGUUCAGAACCGAAUAAUCUAUCCUUCGCGAAAACUCAGAAUUCCUAAAGUAUAUGGUCGUCCUAUAUUAUCGGAUUUUAGGGAGAAUGAGAAGAUUGAUGUCUGGAAUCUUGGAGUUCUUGAUCUUUUUGAGCAGGGAUAUCUUUUCUAUGCUUGUGAUCCUGAAAAGAAAAGCUCUGACACCCAUCACCUUACAAAGAUGAUUGUGAUUCUUGGGCCACCGCCUAAAGACAUGCUUCACAAAAGCCAGUAUGGGGAUGAGUUUUUCGACAUUGACGGUAAUUGGAAGGGUGCCGUUGAAAUCCCCUCCAUAUCCUUAGAAAAACUAGAGGAUCAUCUACAAGGUCCACAACAAGACCUCUUUCUCUGUUUUAUUCGCAAAAUGCUUCAAUGGCGACCUGAGGAUCGUGCCUCCGCAAAGGAGUUACUAUCGGAUCCGUGGUUGAAGUCACCGUAG